CCACAACACACUUAGAUGCUCAGUUGAAGUGUUUUACACACUCAAGCAGUAAUCGAUCGGUUUCCAAAUUCGAACCGAACCGAUCCGAUCGGUUGUAAUUCGAUCCGAUCUCGAGCAGACCCACGAUCGGUUCGGAUCGUGAACACCCCUAGAUGGGUGAAGUUUGCAUUUCACAAAUCUGAGAAAUUUUCAAAUCAAAUCACCCCCAAAUCCUAACCCUAACCGGAGAUUAUCAUCACCUACAGAAUGAGCGACACACCCGAUUAUCCACAACAACCUGCAACCGAACUCUCAAAAACCACUAGUGGAUCUUUCGAUACCAACAGAAUCGGUGAAGUAAAAUCAUGGCUAGCUUCUCAAUUCGAUGCGGCCGGUAAAGAUCAUGUUCCUGAUUUCGAAUACACCUCUCGUAGCAUCUCACAUUUGCACAAUCUCGCCACAAUUUCUCAAGCCAGAACACAAGCUGCCUCCAUAAUCACCAAUGAUUUUCGACUUAAAGCCUCCGAGUAUCGAUCCCAAGCUGCGAGGAUUAGAGAGAUAUUAGAGAAUGUUGGGCUAGCACAAGAAGGAUUGCCAGCAAACGUGGUGGCAUCAUCGCAAGUUCUCGCCAAUGUGGCAAAUUUGCUCAACAUAAGGGACACCGAGCUGAGCAGUUUUCUUGUGGCUAUGGGGGAUGUUUCACUAAGAAAGACUGGAGUAGAGGAUAAGAGGGCUAAAGUGCAGAAGGAGUCCAAAAUUCUUCUUGAUUACACUCGCAAGGCUAUAGCAAGAUUGACUUAUUUGAAAAGAACACUUGCACAACUUGAAGAUGAUGUAGCUCCUUGUGAGACUCAAAUGGAAGGCUGGAAAACAAACCUGUCAAUUUUGGUUUCAAAAGAGAGACAAUACCUUCAACAAUAUUCCAACUACAAGGCAAUGCUUAAUCGUGUGGGCUACACCCCGGAGAUCAGUCAUGGAAUGCUGGUGGAAAUGGCUGAGCAUAGAAAAGACUUGGAGAAGAAAACAAAGCCUAUUCUUGAUACUUUGAGAAGCUAUCAAGACUUGCCACCUGACAAAGCUUUGGCUGCACUUGCAAUUGAGGACAAGAAAAGGCAAUAUAACGCAGCUGAGAAGUAUCUUGAAGAUGUAUUGCAAUCAGCUCUUGCUACCUCAGAAGAUUGAAUAUGUAUUCCGGUUGUUGAUUCAUGUAUAGCAAACGGGGCCUGUAAUCGUAUUACUGUUAUUACUCAAUGGUGAUUUUGUUAAAAGGAUUUGUAUUCAAGAUUGGGUCUUGGUAUACAAGGGUACAUUUACCUGCCUGCAUGAAAGUUAAAAAAAAA